GGUGAUGUUUUCAGCAGUCUACAGGUGGAAUAUUGAGCUCGAGCCGCCCACCAACAAUCCAGCGGCAAUGUUGAUGAAAACGUUUUAAAAGAGAAAUAUUCGUAAGCCACCAUAAGUAUAUAAUCAACCAGCGCCAGUAGUACGAGAUUUCUAUUGUUGCCGUGAUUUUACCAUGUCUAGCCACACCAGGAAAGUCAUGAUAGCUAUCGACUCGAGCCACCAUAGCGAAGAGGCUUUGAACUUUUUCUUUAACAACUGCUACAAGCCAGGCGAGGACUUUAUUCACGUGGUACACGUAAUAAGCCGCCCAGUGUUAUCAGAUCUUGUAAGUGCCCGUCACCACGAUGCGUACAAAGCGAUGAUCCACGAGAUCAACCACAAGGCCAACGCCCUUAAAGAAAACUACACUUCCAAGCUAAAGGCUUUGGCGCAGGAUGAGGACGAUUUUGAUGUAUUUGUACGGGGUGAGGUGGACGGGGGAGUCGGACACACCCUUUGUAGAGAAGCGUUUGACAAUGAAAUCUCCCUGAUAGUGAUGUCCCGCCGAGGGGUGGGCGUGUUAAGACGCACGCUCAUGGGGAGUGUCAGUGACUACGUGCUGCACCACGCCCAUGUGCCGGUGAUGCUAGUCCCCCCUUGUCACUGUGAGGUUGCCAAGACAACCAUCAAUCAGGAGAGGAUGGAUAAGGGGAAUGCAUGCCAACAGAAAUCAUCAUGAUCUGAGUAUUGCACAAAUGCACGCUGUAUAGACACGAAAAUAUAGAUAUUUAUUAAUUCUCGAUCACGAAUAGUUUACGGAAAGCAUGUGAAUAUGAAUGUUUUUUAUAUUAAAUUAACUUUUUUAGUGCUUCUAACAAUUCAACGUUUUCUAUAUAGUUAUAUUUAUCUUAGAACGCAAGAGAUAUUUGAAACCCUCCCCAGCUUUUUACUGUAAAGGUACAUCAAUUUCCCUGGCUUAAUCGCUUGCUGUAGGAUAGUCGGUUCGUGGGCCUGUCGAUGCCGAGGGUAAAGCGAACCUACGUAAUUGUGAUUGAAUGGAAGUUUAUCUAAACACCGCCUGCAAUUGUACCGAAAUUUGACGCAUUUUAGUCUAUUAAAUAGAGAUCAAUAAAAAUAUUUCUUACCGCAA